UCCCAAGGCCAGACACGACUGCAACGGUUACACAAGUACAGAGCUCUUAACCUGCAUUGGGUGCCUCGAAUUCGGGGGAUUCUGUCAAAGCUUGUAUCAUUCUUUGAUAUGAUGUGGGUGAGAUGAAGUCAUAACUUAAUAAGAAUUAUCAAAGGGCCCACUGACACCCAUUUCAAGCGCUUGGAACUAUUUGAGGAAUCAAUGAUCUGAAGCCUUCAGGUCGGAUUGUAGGAUUUAGUUCAUUGCCAUGAAAAAGGACAUCCAAUCUGUGCUGCGCAAGAAUACUGUAUAGCUCCUCGGUUGCCAGUUUAGGCCUCGCCAAACUUAGACAGUGAAAAUGAAUUUUCUGUAGUGGAUCAGAUGUCUUGAAUUAAAUCUGCCCGACCUCAUUUUGUAUUCUUCGGAGACAAAGGGACAAUCGAUUCGCCACUAUUAAUAUCAAACUAAUGUUUUUGCCUACGACAUUGUAGCUUUAACAAUUGAAGGUUGAUAGUCAUUCAGAACGCAGGAAACGUAAGGAAAACUAUUUCCCAACUGUUAAAAUUGUCUUGGGAUUGUCGAUCAUCUAAACAAUUGAACAAAAGAAGUUUUGAAGAAUUCACGUCGUUCAAUCGAGAGGAUCGCAAGUUUGUUCCAAUCGCUUUCUCCCGAGUGUACAGAUCGGCCGCCAUUCUUCCGGUCCGGUACUGCAGGAGAGGGAAUAAGUUGGCAAAGUUAACGUCUACAUGUAUCUCGCAUCAAACACACCCAUUCUGAGCUGCCGAAACCUAUCUUUCUGUCUGUUGUAGAUCGGAAGGGCACACAGGACUGUUCCUGCAAGCGAUUUAAGUAUAAGAUCCCUUCUUUUCAAUCGGGAGGACAAUCCCGUGGAUCGCUCAUAAAAACUCUUUUUAUUUCUUGAAUAGACGUGGAAAAAUCGGGAAAAGGGCAGCAAAAUGAGUUGCAUGUACUCUGUUCAGAUGAUCAUGGAGAUCACUCUCCUCCUCGUUGCUUUCCUUUCUGGAAUAACAGCCGCCAUUGCCAUCGGCAUCGUAAGGGAUGACUUCCGUGGCGAUUGCUUGAUAUAUGCACAGGUCCAAUAUGACACACCCAACUCCUUUUCCGUACACGCGAACGGCACGGGGCCCAAGUGCGACUUCGCUCUAUCUGUACAGGUAAUCAUUUCGCUGAUGGCAUUCGUCUACGCGCUUUACAAACUGAUUGUUUUCUUCACAAAAAGAUUUGACAUCCCUGUUCUCCGUCUGAUCAUUCUCCCUGUCUACUGUAUCAUGUGCUUUUUGGCUCUUAUUGAGGCAUGCCUGGUCACCGUAGGAUUUACAUACUUCUGCAAACAACUCACUCAAACACCCGUGAGAUCAGUCGAAGUGCAGUGUGCUCGAUUCCAACAAGCCCAUUGGAAUGUCUACCAGGGACGAAACUUCUACAUUAGGCUCAAUCUGGCUUGUAUUGGAUCCUGGAUCUCGUUCACGUGUUGGUUGAUCCUGGUCCCGAUGUCCAUCAUGGUCUUUGUUAUGGACCGACGAGGAACAGGACCAAAGCCAAAGGAAGAACCACCCAGCAUGCCCAAUUCGGAAAACAUAGACCCUUAGUUCGAAGACCAUUGGAACACCCAAGGACCAGCUGAGCACGGAAGACUGGCAUUAGGAACACCGACAAUUUGAAAACCGACUAUUUCGAGACCGACCUCCCAGAGACUCGUGAAAGUCGUGUAGAAAAAUGUUUAAUAAAGUGUAUUCUCAAGUGUGUUUCCCCCCAUAAUUCGUGAAACCCACGAUAGAUGGAGGCGUAUGGUAGGUUUGCUAAACACGGACCAAAUUUUUCAAGUUCUUUGGGGCUGCCAGUUCGUAGUUCCUUUCUGCGCAUGAUCAAAAGAUUCUACGCAUGAUCAGAAGAAGGUCAUUUGUACUAAAG